AUGGACCCCGAAAAAGACCUCGAAAAAUCCGACUCCGAAUCCCUCCUCCCACCCCUCGACACCGCCUCCCCAACAACGCACCCCAAGGAAGAAAUCGAAACCCCAACCCGCUCCUCCUCCCCCGCCCCCGACCUCGACCCCACCGAGCGCGAAGCCCAACGCACCGCCCUAACAAAAUCCAUCUCCCUCGAAAAACGCGUCUCCCUCCCCCGCGAGAUCCUCGUCGUCGGCCUAAUCUCCCUCGCGCAGUUCACGACGCAGGUCGGGCUGGGGCAGACACUCUCGAUCCUGCACAUCAUCGGGGAGGAUUUCGGGAUCGAGGACCCGGGCGUGUUGAGUUGGUUGAUCGCGGGGUAUUCGUUGACGGUGGGGACGUUUAUCCUGUUCACGGGGCGGUUGGGAGAUCUGUUCGGGUGGAAGAGGAUGUUUGUGGUUGGGUUUGUGUGGUUCGCGGUGUGGUCGAUGGUUUGUGGGUUGGCGGCUUAUUCAAAUCAUGUGCUGUUUGUUUUUGCGAGGGUUUUUCAGGGGAUUGGGCCGGCGAUUUGUCUUCCUAAUGGCCUUGCGUUGCUUGGGGGCCUCUAUCAGCCUGGUCCGAGGAAGAAUAUGGCGUUUGCCAUCUUUGGGGCGUGUGCACCGGGCGGGAGUAUUGCAGGUUCAGCCUUCGCGGGAAUCUUUGCCCAGCUGGCUUGGUGGCCUUGUAAGUCAUCCAUCAGUCGAGAGCAUCUGAUCAACCAGCUAACACUUCCAGGGACAUUCUGGUCUUUCGCCAUAACCCUCCUAGGAAUCGCGAUAGUCUCCUACCUCACCAUCCCGGACCCACAAGACACCAAACCGGGAAUCAAAGGCAAACCCCUCAAAGAAUCCCUCUGGGUAAUGGACGUCCCCGGCGCAGCAAUCGGCAUCACGGCCCUCGUCCUCUUCAACUUCGCCUGGAACCAAGCGCCCAUAGUCGGCUGGUCCCAAGCCUACGUAAUCGUCACCCUAAUCCUCGGCGUCCUCCUGGUCCCCCUAUUCUUCUACAUCGAACUGCGCAUCUCGCCCACCCCGAUCCUCCCCAUCGACGUCUUCACCGCCAGCAACGCCUUCGUCCUCGCCUGCAUCGCCUGCGGCUGGGCCAACUUCGGCAUCUGGGUCUACUACUUCUGGCAAAUCCUCGAGCAACUCCGCGGCGCCACGCCGCUGCUCGCCUCUGCCUACCUCUCACCCCUCACCCUCGCCGGCAUCGUCGCCGCGGUCUCCACGGGCCUCCUCCUGCACAAACUGAAACCCGCUUGGGUCAUGAUAGGCGCCAUGGCCGCCUUCCUCACAGCCUCCAUUUUGGUGGCAACCCUCCCGCCUUUUCAAAUCUACUGGGCACAGAUCUUCGUGUGCACCGUCAUCGCGCCUUUCGGAAUGGAUAUGUCGUUCCCGUCGGCGACGAUUGUGAUUUCGGAUUCGGUGAAGAAGGAGCAUCAGGGCGUGGCGGCGAGUUUGGUGAAUACGAUUGUGAAUUAUAGCAUCAGUUUAGGAUUGGGGUUUGCGGGGACGAUUGAGGUGCAUGUGAAUAAUGGUGGGAGGACGUUUGGGGAUACGUUGCAUGGUUACAGGAGUGCCCUUUACAUGGGGAUCGGAUUAAGUGGACUUGGUUUGCUUUUAGCGAUGGUGUUUUUGGGGAAGAGUUAUUUGGAUGAGCAUAGAGAGAAGAAACGACAGGAACGGGAAAGGGGGGCUGAUAUCAAAGCGUGA